GAUUUCAGUUUACAUUUUUAGAUCGACCAUCAUCGAACAUGAGCGGACCGCGCCUCCCAUCACUCCUGGCAAUCGGAUGCCUGUUGGCCCUGGUCUCAGCGGAGUCUCUGUCCGAAUAUUAUAAGCAGGAUUUCGAGGACUUGCUCAUCCCUGAAACCGAGCUCGAUGACCGUCAUGCAAGAUCGUCGUCGGGCAUUCCUGCCCAAGCAUAUGCCGCGCCCGUCAUCUACAAUUCCCAAUCCAGCUUCUCAGCGCCUGCGGCUCCAUCCUAUUCAGCACCUGCAACCCCAUCGUACUCAGGACCAGCGGCUCCAAACUAUUCAGCACCUGCAGUUCCGAGCUAUUCAGCACCCAAGUCUUCUUAUUCAUCAUCAGCAGCUCCAACAUACUCGGUGCCUGCUGCUCCGAGCUAUUCCGCACCUGCCGCUCCCAGCUAUUCAGCACCUGCCGCUCCAAGUUAUUCUACGCCUGCCGCUCAAAGUUAUUCAGCACCUGCCACUCCGAGCUAUUCAGCACCUGCCGCUCCAAGUUAUUCUGCUCCUGCCACUCCCAGCUAUUCAAGACCAGCCGCUCCCAACUUUGCACCACCUGCCGUUCCAACUUAUUCAGCACCUGUGGUUCAAAGUUAUUCAGCACCUGCGGUUCCGAGCUAUUCAGCACCUGCGGCUCAAAGUUAUUCAGCACCUGCCACUCCGAGCUAUUCAGCACCAGCCGCUCCAAGUUAUUCUACGCCUGCGGCUCAAAGUUAUUCAGCACCUGCCGCUCCGAAUUAUUCUGCUCCUGCCGCUCCCAGCUAUUCAAGACCAGCCGCUCCCAACUAUGCCCCACCUCCCGUUCCCACUUAUUCAGCACCUGCGGCUCCGAGCUAUUCAGCACCUGCGGCUCAAAGUUAUUCAGCACCUGCCGCUCCCAGCUAUUCAGCACCUGCGUCACCAAAUUAUUCAGCACCUGCGGCUCAAAGUUAUUCAACACCUUCGGCUCAAAGUUAUUCAGCACCCAAGUCUUCGUAUUCAUCAACAGCACCGUCAUCAUACUUGGCGCCCGCUUCAAGCUAUUCAGCAACUGCCGCUCCAAGUUACUCAGCUCCUGCGGCUCCAAGCUAUAAAGCACCUGCAGCUCCAACUUAUUCAGCACCGGCCACGCAAAGUUAUUCAGCGCCUGCCGCUCAAACUUAUUCAGCACCUGCUGCUCCAAGCUAUUCAGCGCCUGCGGAUCCAAGCUAUUCUGCUCCUGCAUCUCCAAGUUAUUCAGCGCCUGCCGCACCAACAUAUUCGGCACCGGCCGGCCAAAGUUAUUCAGCGCCUGCCAUUCCAAGCUAUUCAGCACCUGCUAGUCCAAGUUAUUCGGCACCUGCGACUUCAUCUUAUUCCGCACCCGCAGCCCCUUCGUACUCUGCUCCCAGCAAUUCAGCACCCAAGUCUUCUUAUUCAUCCUCAGCAGCUCAAUCCUUCUCAGCGCCUACAACAACAGGCUAUUCAGCACCUGCCGCUCCAAGUUAUUCAGCACCCAAGUCUUCUUAUCCUUCCUACUCAGCGCCUGCGUCAUCAAGCUAUUCAGCUCCCACCGCUCCCACGUAUUCCGCGCCGAAAUACUCUGGCUACGCUCGCAUGGGGGAUAUGCUGGGAUCGGCAAGGACUGCUUACGGAUCCGCAUCGUCCGGCUACGGCGGACCCCCAUCCCCGACCUCCAUUCCCGCUCAGCCCUGUCCUAAAAACUACGUUUUCAGCUGCCAGGGUGUGUUCCAGAAGGCUCCUUGCAGUCAAGGCUUGCAAUACUAAGAGAAUUUCGCGAUGGCAUUAUAGAGAAAUUAUAGCAAUAAAGUUGAAGGGAAAAAAUAUUGAUCAA